UCUGCGCGCGCAUCGGAGAGCCAUGGAAAAUCCCUCAUUCCUACUCGCCCCUCCCGUCGUCGUCGUCGUCCCUUGAGCGGCGGCCAUGUCGCUGGGGGAAGCGACGGUCAACAAGAGCCUCUUCUGCUUCCCGGUCGACUCCGGCGCCACCUCCUCCGGCCUCUUCGCCGGCGACGACCCCCUCAAGUUCUACUUCCCUCUCCUCCUCUACCACGUCUGCAUCGUCUUCAUCCUCUCCCACUCCAUCCACUCCUUCCUCCUCCGCCGCUCCGUCCCCCUCGUCAUCUCCCAGAUCAUCGCGGGGGCGCUGCUGGGGCCGUCUGUGCUGGGCCACUUGGCCCCCUCCGUCGGCAAGCUCUUCGCGUCGCCGGAAGGCUGGGUGCAGAUCAACACGGUGGGGGGCUACGCCUUCACGCUCCACAUCUUCACGGUGGGCGUCAAGACGGACCUGGGCAUGAUCGUGAAAUCCGGCAAGAAAGCCGUCGCCAUCGCGUUCCUCGGCACGGCGGCGCCGCACCUGGCCAUGUACCUGGCCGGCGCCGCCCUCUCCUCCCGCAUCCCCAAGCAGUGGUCCGACACCUUCCUCAUGACCAACCUCAACUCCUGGUGGUCGCUCUCCGCCUUCAUCGUCGUCUGCUGCACGCUCCACGACCUCAACCUCUUGUCCUCCAAGCUCGGCCGCCUCGCCAUGUCGGCGGCGCUCAUCGGUGACUUCGCCAACACCUUCUCCAUCGCCGGGGUGACGUCGUAUCUCCUCGCGUCGAGUCCCGAGGAGAAGCUGCAGCGGAUUGGGUUCGCGUCGUCGAUGUCCUUCUCCGUGUUCAUCGCGCUCAUGGCGCUCGUGGCGCGGCCGGCGAUUUUGAGGCUGAUACAGGACGUCCCCGACGGCGCGCUGCUCUCCGAGGGCCGGCUCGUCGCCGUGCUGCUCAUCUCCCUCACCUGCAGCUUCGCCGGGGAGCUGCUGGGCCUCCACGCGACCUACGGCCCAUUCAUGCUGGGCCUCAUGCUCCCGGGAGGCGCCCCGCUGGGGGUCACCCUGGAGGAGCGGCUCGACCGGCUCAUCGUCGGCAUCCUCUCGCCGCUGCUGUUCGCCCAGGGCGGGAUGCGGAUGAACGUCCACGCUUUAACCGAUUCCUCCGUCUGCGGGCUGCUGGAGAUCUUCCUCGUCGUCGGCGUCGCCGCCAAGUUCGUCGCCAGCAUCAUCCCCUGCCUCUACUGCGGGAUCCCGCCAAGGGAGGCCGCCUUCGUCGGGCUGAUGAUGAACUUCAAGGGGAUCACGGAGGUGGUGUACGCGUCGGCGUUCAUGGACGCUAAGAUUCUGGACGACCAGGUGUACGUGGCGUUCAUGAUCAACGUGCUCGUCAUCGGCGCCUCCACGGCGGCGGCCGUGAAGUUCAUGUACCACCCGGAGGAGAAGUACGUGGCGUACCGGCGGAGGACCGUGCAGCACAAGAAGCUCGGCGAGGAGCUCCGGGUGCUGGCGUGCAUCCAUUCGCAGGCGGACGUGGAGCCGAUGCUGGGGCUGCUGGACGCGUCCAGCCCCACGCCGCUGUCGCCGCUCUCCGUGUAUCUUCUCCAUCUUGUUCCUCUCGCCGGGCUCACGAGCUCCGUGCUCAGGCCGUUCAAGCACGGCCAUGGCCACGGCGGAGAUGGUGAGGAUGGCGAAGGGAGGACGAUCGGGGUGAUCCCGUCGGCGUCGGAGAGGAUCGUGAACGCGUUCCGGUUCUUCGCGCAGAACCGGCCGAUGGGUUCGUCGUCGCUGCUCCCCUACGUGUGCAUCGCGCCGUACGCGACGAUGCACGACGACGUGUGCGCCGUGGCGCUGGAGAAGAGGGCGAUGCUGAUCGUGGUGCCGUUCCACAAGCGGCUCGCCAUCGACGGCUCCGUGGAGCCCACCUCGCCGGGCUGCUCCGGCGCCAUCCAGGCCGCCAACGCCAACAUACUCGGCUACUCGCCGUGCUCCGUCGCCAUCCUCUUCGACCGCGGCAGCCUCUCCUGCGGCGCCGCCGCGUCCCCCGCCGCCACCGCGGGCGCGGCGGGGGGCGAGGAGGAGUUCCAGCGGUUCCCGUACCGCGUGGCGCUCUACUUCCUCGGCGGGCCGGACGACCGGGAGGCGCUGGCGUUCGCGGCGCACAUGGCGGAGGACGCGCCGAUCGGGGUCACCGUGUUCCGGUUCCUGCUUCCCGUGGAGUGGCAGCGGCGGCUCGACGGCGCCGAGGAGGACCGGCUCGACGAGGAGGCCACGAGGGAGUUCGUCGGGCAGUGGGUCGACGACCACCGGGUCGUCUACAACGAGCACACCGUGGGCACCUCCGACGAGAUGGUGGCCGUCAUCCGGCAGACCAGCCCCGGGUUCAACCUGCUGCUGGUCGGCCGGCGGGCCGAGAGCCGGGAGUCGCCGCUCACGGCCGGCAUAUCGGACUGGAGCGAGCACAGCGAGCUCGGCGUGCUCGGCGACCUGCUCACCUCGGCAGACUUCGGGUGCCGCGUCUCGACGCUGGUGGUGCAGCAGCAGACCAGGGCGGCCGCCGGUGAGACGUCGCAGACGCCGCCGGAAGAUCAGCCACCGCUGCACCUGCCAGAUGGCCCCGUUUGACAAGCUAUACAACUUGAAUUUCUUUCUAGUUUGUACCAUUUAUUAUCAUUAUUAUGUGACUCUAGCUAGCUGUAACCGUAAUGUUAAAAUCUUGGAAGCUAGACUGCAAUUUUGACAGAAAA